AUGGGGGACUCUGCUGAUGAGCGAGUAGAGCACCUAGCAGAUGCCAUAUCCAAGGCAAAAGUUACAGAUAUUCCCACCGACUUUGAUGCACUGUCCGACGACCUUGAUUCGGAGGAGCCGGAGACCAAGGCCCUUCCUGAGCACGCUUGUGCCUACUGUGGCAUCGACGAUGUAAAUUGUGUUCUUCAAUGUCUCACCUGUAAAAGAUGGUUUUGCAACGGUCGCGGGCAAACACCAUCCUCCCAUAUCGUCACCCAUUUGGUGCGCGCGCGGCACAAGGCUGUCAUGUUGCAUCCAGAGUCGCCUCUCGGUGACACAGUGCCCGAGUGCUUUACGUGCGGCUCGAAAAACCCUUUUAUGCUUGGUUUUCUACCCGCCCAGGACAGCGCCGUCAUCAUGCUCUUGUGUCGGAAUCCUUGCAACUACGCUGCCAACACGAAGGAAGUAGAAUGGGAUGCUUCUCGGUGGGCACCUUUGAUUGAAAACCGAUCUUUCCUUUCCUGGUUUGUUCGAAUUCCAAGUUCGGCCACGCAACGAAAUGCGCAGCCCAUUUCCUCUGCGCAGAUUUGCAAACUAGAAAAUCUGUGGCGCGACAACGAGCAAGCUACGUUGGAAGAUGUGGAAAACCCCACCAAAGAGAAAGAACUUCCUAAGACCCUUGUGCGCUACGAGAAUGCGGAACAGUAUUGUAAUAUUUUCCGCGCACUACUCUCUGUGGAAGAGCAGUACGAUAAAAAGCUGAAAGAAAGUCUCGUUCAGCAUGAUGUGGCGGUGCGCUGGGAGCCAGGUAAAGGUCGUUCGAUGUCCCUGUGGCUUCGCUUGCCACAACUUGAGAGCGGUGAAAUGCGCCUCGGUAUUGGUGACGAGCUUUGCGUCUCUUACACGGGGUCGUUGGCCUCUAAAUGGAAGGCAGUCCUAAAGGUAUCGCAAUUCUCGCCAAUCUCAUCCAUGGAAGUGGCUUGUGAUGUACCACAGUACCUCCAGCCACCGACGGAUUGCACCACCAACUAUACUGUGGAAUUUGUUUGGGUCGGCGUAACGUAUGCUCGCAUGAAGAAGGCAUUGUCCGUGUUCUUGAACCUUCGCGAUUGUAUGGCUCCCUUUUUACGCAAAAAACUCUUGGGCUUCCCCACCGGCUCGGAGCAGGUCCAGUUUCAAGAGCCAAAACGCUACACUGCCCCAGGGCUGCCUGAUCUGAACCACAGCCAGGUCGCUGCGAUUAAAUCCGUUUUAUCAAAGCCUUUGAGCUUAAUUCAGGGACCUCCUGGGACAGGUAAGACAGUGACCAGUGCCACACUUGUGUAUCAUCUGACACAAAUGACCAAAGGAAAAGUGCUUGUCUGUGCACCUUCGAAUGUGGCGGUAGAUCAGCUUACCGAAAAAAUCAAUCGCACUGGUCUGAAAGUCGUGCGCGUUGUUUCUCGAACUCGCGAAACCAUGUUGUCACAUGUGCGCUUUCUGUCACUGCAUGAGCAGGUUGCGCUAAUGCCUCCUAGCCCUGAAAUGACUCGACUCAAAAAUCUCCAGAAGAAAAAUGGCGAGUUAACUGCUGAUGACGAACGCCGGUACCGGAACCUGGUUUUCCAGAUGGAACGGAAAGUGUUGGCUGCAGCGGAUGUUAUUUGCACAACCUGUUCGAGCAGCGCGGAUCGUCGACUUGAAAACUUUGACUUCUCUGCUGUGCUGAUUGAUGAGGCAACACAGGCUGUGGAGCCCGAAAUCUUGCUUCCCAUUGUGCGCGGUUGCAAGAAACUUGUGCUUGUUGGCGACCACCAGCAACUAGGCCCCGUCGUUAUGAGUAACAAAGUGGCAGACGCUGGUAUGAAUUUGAGUUUAUUCGAGAGAUUAAUUCUUCUUGGCAAUCAGCCUCGACGUCUAGAAGUGCAGUACCGUAUGCACCCAUGCUUGUCUGAAUUUCCCAGCAAUAUGUUCUACGAUGGGAUGCUCCAAAAUGGUGUUACGGCCCAGGAACGUCUCCGGCGUCAAGACCCCAUUCCAUGGCCUAUUCCUAACAUGCCUAUGAUGUUUUACCAAAAUUUGGGCCAGGAAGAAAUUUCAGGCAGUGGAACGUCUUUCUUGAACCGAACGGAGGCAAGCAGUGUUGAAAAAAUUAUCACGCUGUUUUUAAAAUCUGGUGUUGUCCCUGAGCAAAUUGGUGUGGUUACGCCUUAUGAAGGGCAGCGAAACUUUAUCAUCAAUUACAUGCAAAUGUUUGGCAGUCUUAACAAGGAGCUUUACCGGAGUGUGGAGGUCGCCAGUGUGGAUGCGUUCCAAGGCCGUGAAAAAGAUUAUAUCAUUGUCAGUUGUGUGCGGAGCAACGACAGGGGCGGAAUCGGAUUCCUCAGCGAUCCUCGACGUCUCAAUGUUGCUCUCACUCGUGCACGUUAUGGUCUUAUUGUUAUCGGAAAUUCCAAGGUCCUGUGCAAAAAUCCCCUCUGGUACCAUCUGUUGGUUCAUUUCAAAGAUCGCUUUGCAUUGGUGGAAGGCGCUCUCUCUAACCUUCAACCAUCGAUGAUCCAGUUUGGUCGCCCUCCUGUUGAAAAACACAAAGUUACACCCAUGCAGCGCAUGGCUCUACAAAAAACUGAGACGAUGGAUUCACUGGCUAUGGACCCGAUCCACGCACCGUUCCGCUCACUCGGUGCUACAGCUGCUUCACUGCGGGAGGAUAUGUGGAGCAGUUUGUCACUAGAUGCCAAGUCUUUAUCGUAUACUCAAAGUGACAGACUCACAAAAAAGAUGACAGGCGGGGAGGACGAUCUUGACAGCCUUGACGGGUUCAAGAGCCAGGCAUCGCUGGAAGAUGAGCUGGAAGACAACUCCGCGGAUGCACUCUUCCCCAUGUGGGGACGGAAAUCUGUCACUCCAUUUACAUAA